GAGGUGGUGCCCAGUUUCAGAUUUUGAGGCCCAGAGCGGGGAUAAAGCAGGAGCAGAGCCAAUGGAAAAAAGGCCUCAGCCCGGCCCCCACCCAUCAAAAAUCCUCACUUUAGAGAGCGGGGCCGGCUGGGCGGUGUUUCUCUGCAUGGGUGGAGCACUCGGUCCGGAAAUGUUCAGAACACUCUGUGUUUGUGGUGCUCCAACUGUUGCUCGGAUGUGGCUCGUUCCUCCAACUCCGCCGCCAUGGAUUCUUACGCCAUCAGCACUCAGGGCCUGAGCAUCUGGAAGAUUUUUGGUUGAAGGCCGGCGGAAGAUGCAGGGGGCCGUGGCGCGAGUGUGCAUGGUGGUGGCCGCUGCCAUUCUAAACCACCCCUUGCUCUUUCCUCAAGAAAACACAACAUUACCAGAGCAGGAUGAGGAACUGAUGGCCCGCAUGCGAGAGCACGAGGAGAAGCUGGAGAGGGAGCAGGCCAAGCUGGAGAAUGAGAUCCUGGAGCUGGAGUCCAAGCAGGAGGAAAGGGCCUCACGGGACGCGUAUAUGUGGUACUUUUGGAGCUCCGUGUCUUUCGUGAUUUUUUUUGUCAUCGAGAUGUGCAAAGUAGACCUCGCAGAAACGGAAAUCCGAAACCUCGAGGAUGAGGAAGACGGCGGCUCUGUCACUCCAACAAUGAUGGUCCUCGACAAGGACAUCCUGAGGAACUUCUGUGACAAAUGCUCUUAUUCUUCUGCCCACGAGAACUGGAAAGUGAGGGAAUUUGUGGAGGGUUUAGCAGAUGACCUGCUGGAGUCGCUCCGGAGUGUGUGUGACCGGGACACGGACAUGGAAGUGGGGGAUUUCGUUGGGAUCGGGAGCAUGUUUGAAUCUUGGAAGGUGUGUGGGCCUCUUGUUUGUGACCUUAUAGUGCCCUUUUCACCACCACAUCCACAUUUCUUUCAGUGCCAAAUGUGGUGCUCCUCGAAUAAAAUCCCCCUGGACAUGCAGGGCAGCGGCAGGAUUAAGGUGACCCGGUUCGGGGAAAAUGACGAGGGCUGCCUCUGCGGCUCUGCUAACAUGGGAGACGACAUGCUUUGUCUGCUGCACUGUACAACCGACCGACAAAGCACCGGUCCAAACCCCGAUGAGCUGUUGUGCUCUAAGAACACAGACAUUUUGUCCAAAGAUCAAGUCAUGAAGUGGUUUCAGAUUUCUGUGACCAAAGCGUGGGGGCGGAUCUCCCACAAAUACGACUUCCAGGUACUUUUCCGCAGUUUGGACGCUGCCGGUGCGCUUAAGGUCCGAUUUCGUUCAGGAAAAGUCAUUCUCCUGAACCUCAUUCCGGUGGUCCAGCUGGAGGACACGGAUGCUUAUUUCGUCUCUCAUUUUCCAUCCGGGUGGGACGGCCCCCCCGACCCAUUCUGGCCCCUCUCGUUGGCAGUCUACGAAAGAAACUUACUGAAAUAUUUCGCCAAACGGCUUCCACAGAACUCCUGCCAUUUACACUGCCUCCAGAUUGCUGCAUUCCUAAACCGAAAACAGACAGAGCUGACAGGAAAGAGCUUCCUCUCCAGCUACCACCUAAAGACCGUCCUGCUCCAUGUGUUGCUGAGCACAAAAACAACCGCGUGGGGGGCGGAGAAUAUUGAACCCAGGCUCCGGGAUGUGCUCGGCUUUCUGCACCGGAGUCUCCUGGAGAAGAGGCUCCACCAUGCAAUGGUUGGGAACAGCAAAGUGCCCGAGGUUCUUCAGGUGCCUGGAGUCAUUCGUAAGGCAGAACCCAUCAAUCUGUUCAGGUCUCUGGUGCUGCAGAGGGAGCUUUACGCAGCUACCGUCAGGCACUUUCAAGAGAUUUUAAAGAAUGCAUCCAUAGUUAUUCAGGAAUAUGUACCUCGCCUAUCAAACGGGGGUUUUAACCUCAGCCUGGAUGAAAGUAUCUGAGUGCUAAUAACUUGUAGUAUUAGUUAUGUUUAAGCUUCAAGCCUUAUUUAUAUGAAGUGGGAUGCUUUUACAGAAAUAUUCUUCAGGAACUACCACAUAAAGUCAUUACUUUUGAAUGCAAUUCUGGUGACAUGGUGCUAAAUUUGGAUCAAACUAACUCGUGCAGCCACAGAUCAUCAUACUUCCUCCACAGCUUGAGUCACAGGACUUCAUGUGACCUGUAUGCAUUCAUCAUUGAAGAACAGAGUUCAUCUGGACUUUAAUAGACUUUUGCUGAACCUGCACAGUCCAUUUUUUAGCUUUCCUUUGAGAUUUUUAAGAUUUUAAUGGUUAAUUAAUGAAAAAAAAAAUCAACUGUGUAACCAAAGAGUUAUAUAGUCCUAUAUAGCUCAUUGCAUUUUACUACCUUUUUUUUGUCUUCAAUUUUGUUGCAAAUUUGAUGGCAGCUAUUCUGUAUUGCAAUAUUUAUUUGACAAACUCAUUUUUAUUGAUCACAAGCGUCCAUUGUGUUCUUGUCUCAGAUCUGUGAGUGCUCUGCAGUUCUUUGAAUAGGACCAGUUAAAUAACAUCUUUGUGUGCAUUUUUUAACAAAAUAAAGACGUGAAAU